AUGGCGAGGGGAUGCACCCUUGCCGUCGCGGUGGCGGCGCUCUCGGCCACCGCCUCCCCGGGAAAUGCUUUCCUGGCCCCGCCGGCGCUGCCCUCCUCCUCGGUGUCGUCGCGGUUCGCCCCCUCCCGGGCCGUUGCCGGCGGCGAGUCGCUCCCGCAGCAGCAGCAACAGCAGCGGUCACAGGCGGGGGCGUUGCAGAUGGUCGCGCAGCCCCCCGUCAAGCCCCAAAAGCUGGAUAAGAUCAACCUUCUGAAGCAGAACUCGGAGGCGUUGCGCGAACCCCUGCGCAGCCAGAUGCAGACGGAGGAGAUAUCGAUCAGCCACGACGCGUACCAGAUCCUCAAGUUCCACGGGAGCUACAUGCAGGACGACCGCAGCCUCAGGAAGAAGGGGAAGGAAAAGGUGGGAGGGGUUGACGCCUACUCGUUCAUGCUCCGGCUCAAGAUGCCGGCCGGCGUGUGCUCCCCCGAGCUCUACACCCUGCUUGACGAUCUCUCGCGAGAGUACGGGCACGGGCACCUCAGGCUGACGACGCGACAGACGUUCCAGCUGCACGGUGUGGCCAAGCACAAUCUCAAGACGGUCAUCAAGAGCAUCAUGCAGGUCGGGUCGAGCACGGUGGGAGGGUGCGGAGACGUGAACCGUAACAUCAUGUGCACUCCCGCGCCUAUCGUUAACCGCCCGGAAUACGUCUACGCGCGGCAGUACACGAAGAUCUUGGCGGAGCUCCUCCGCCCCUUGUCCUCGGCCUUUACGGAGCUGUGGCUAGAUGGCGAGAAGGCGGCCACGGUGGAGUGGCGCGACGACGUGGACGACGCCCUCAAGGGAGCGGACGUGGAUCAGGAGAUGGUGAAGGACAACGGACGCGGGAUCGUGCUCAACCACCCGGUGGAGCCGCUCUAUGGCGACAUCUACAUGCCUCGUGAGUUUGUGUGUGUUUAUGUUGCCGAUGCUGUAGUGUUGGGUGGGGAGGGGGAGGGAGGGGGGGUGUACUCAUAG